AGAUGGGGGGACGGCUCGUAUGGAACAUGCACCUUCCUUCGACUGUCGAUCACGCCAUGGAUUUCGACAUCCUUUGCUCCCGCAACCGUUUCCGUCAGAACCAACAAGACGCCAUCUGAGAUACACGAGUUCCAGCCAUGCGGCGAAUCGGAAAUGCGCAAAAGGAAAGACGAUGAUGCUUUUUGGACAGUGCAGCUUUGCUCGAAAAGUAAGGUGAAUCAAACAGCCAACCAACCCCGCCCUGGGGAAGCCCAAAGAUCCGCGGCAUACCCCUCAUGUGGGCAUGUUUUUUUCGUGAGGAGAAAAGAUAUACGCAUCAUCAUCUUUUGCAUCCUGGUUUCUCGUUUCCUUCUUUUUGUAUCCUAUCACGAAUAGUGUCUUAUCUACGCUAGCAACUCGCGACGUUCCUGUGGGAAAAAAAGAAAAAGCCAUCAUUAAAGCUGGUCAAAAGAUAGCAGAAAGCCUGUUAUAGUCAUGGCGUCGGAGCUACCCUUCAAGUUGAACAACAAGGAUAUAUUCCGCGAAAACUCUUUGGUUAAUGGAGAGUGGCUCGAAGCACAAUCUAAGAAGCGCUUUGAUGUCGUCGAUCCUGGCACUGGUGAGACGUGGGCUACUGCUCCCGAUAAUGGUCCAGAGGACGUAGACAACACUGUCAAAGCUGCUCAUGCUGCCUUCGAGUCCUACCGUAAAGUCAACCCUAGAACCAGAGCUCAAUGGCUACUGAAGUGGGACGGCCUCAUCAGAGAACACCGAGACGACAUUGCAAAGAUCGUGACCUACGAGACUGGUAAGCCUAUUGCUGAGAGCCAGGCUGAGCUCGACUAUGCCUUGGGUUUCACUUGGUGGUUUGCAGGCGAAGCCGAAAGAAUUCAAGGAACCGUCUCUGUGCCUGCAGCACCUGGUCGUCGUGUGUUCACCAUCAAGCAACCUAUCGGUGUUGCUGUGGCACUGACACCAUGGAACUUUCCAAUCGCCAUGAUUCUCCGUAAAGCUGGAGCGGCUCUUGCAGCAGGUUGCACUAUGAUCGUCAAGCCAUCACCCGAGACUCCUUUCUCGGUCUUGACUCUGGGCUACCUUGCCCUUCAAGCAGGCUUCCCACCCGGUGUCUUCAACGUCUUGACUACUAGUCUUGACAACACUCCGUCACUGUCUGAGGCUUUGUGUCGACACGAGCUCGUCAAGAAGGUCACAUUCACAGGUAGCACCCGUGUAGGCAAACUAGUCGCCAAAAUCUGCGCCGACGGACUCAAAAAAGUCACCCUAGAGCUAGGAGGAAACUGCCCAUUCAUCGUCUUUGAAGACGCCGACCUCGAACAAGCCACCAAUGCACUCAUGGCACUAAAAUGGCGCCACGCAGGUCAAGCCUGCAUAACAGCAAAUCGCGUCUACGUCCACAAACCAAUCUACGGAAAAUUCUCCCAACUCAUGCUCACAAAGACAAAAUCCCUCAUCAUGGGGCACGGCAGCUCCCCCACCACAACCCUCGGCCCCGUAACCACCUCCCGCGCCCUCGAUAAAGCAGAAUCCCAAGUCACCGACGCCUUAUCCCAUGGCGGUAAACUGUUACUCGGCAGCGGAGAGCGUAAAAAGAACUCUGGGGGUUACUUUUUCGAGCCGGCGAUUAUUGGGGAUGCUAAUGCUGAGAUGUUGAUUGCGGAGGAAGAAACUUUUGCUCCUGUGUUGGCGCUUUUCCCUUUUGAGACGGAGGAAGAGGUUGUGAAGAGGGCUAACGAUACCUCGAUGGGAUUGGCGAGUUAUUACUUUACGAAGAAUGUGGAUAGGACUUGGAGGUUGUUUGAGAAUCUGGAGGCUGGCAUGAUUGGUAUCAAUACUGGUAACUCUUCCGCUGCCGAGAGUCCGUUUGGAGGUAUCAAGGAGAGUGGUUAUGGAAAGGAGUCCGGUAAGGAUGUCGCAGUCAAUGAGUAUUUGAUUACGAAGACGGGCACCUUUACUCUGGACGGCCAGUACUAGGAAUACAUUGAUAGGUUACUAUACAUUAUCCUUGGCGAUGCUUCUUCUGGAAGGUGCGAUUUUACUCGCGACUGUGACCGUGAUGUGGGUCAGAUGUUGUGGCGGCAGAGAGCGCUCAUGAGAUCGUGACUGUUCUCGCGUCUCCAAUGUUCAGAAGAUUGUGCACUUCCUUAGCUCACUUCACUAAUUGUUCCAUUCAUGCUCUUCACGGCCUUGCAACUCCCCUAUG